AUGUCGACAGAACAGGAAAGAAAGCUUGUCGUGUUUUUAUUUAAACAAAUCAUGAAAAUAUGCAGAACAUACGAUCAGUAUCCUCUCUUGAAGACUUCCUUGAUUAAUCCAUCUUAUACAAAAUCAGAAUCCAUCAUGACAAGAGGUUGGGCAUAUACAAAAAUUGGAAAAGAAGUGAUUGAAAAGAUUUAUGGAAAAUAUUCAGGCUUAAUGUAUGUUCCGAGAUGGAACGUUACGACACUUCAUGAAACAUCCAAGUUAACUGAUAUUUGCAAACAAACGUUCAGAAAUCCCAAAUUUGUGGAGGAUGAAAAAAGUAGAAAGGAAGGAUUUGAAGUGGGCUUUGGAAUAUUGAGCGAAUUUAAUUCACAUUUAGAAAGAAUCAAAACAAUUGAAAAGAAAGAAAUAAUGGAAUUGAGAAAAUUAUCACCUGCUAUUCAAGUUCCAAUUAAGGUUUUGAAUGAAGAUGUGGAAAUGGUUGAAUCAGAAUCAAAUGUAUUCCAAAUGGCAAAAGAUUCCAUGACUGACAUGAAGGAUGAUGAACGACUUCAACAGAUUGCAGCACAGCCUCAUAACCAAGACAAACUCGAUGGCAGUGACAUGUAUUUAGUGUUGACAGACAAACCAAGAAAAAAUCAUCUUUUAGUUGCCCACCCUCUUCUGGAGGACACACGUUUUGAAAGAACUGUUGUGCGAAUGGACAAUAACAAGCAAACACUUGGAUACAUUAUAGGGAAGCUUACUUUUUCUGAAAAAGAAGAUGAGGACGACAACAAUGACUAUGAAGAAAAUAUUGAAAAAUUAAUGGGAGACGACUCUGAAAAAGAGUCGAGCAGUUCAGAUCAUGUUAUGGAUGCCUACAAAAAGUUUUCGAAAAUGUUUCCACAAGAAGCAAUUGAAAAUGAACCAGAACGAAUUGCUAAGUGGUAUGAAACCCAACUGGAAAAUGAAAUUAAGGAUGGUAAAUGGAUUGUCGUUGAAGCUGAUAUGGAGUCAAUGUUACCAUUUGGUGCAGAGACCCCGUACUAUCAGGUAUGGGAAUACAUUGUGAAAAGAUUAGGUGGUGAAUACUUGUCAUGGAUCGACUACUUUUCACACAAGCAACCAACACCUUUAAAACGACCCAAUGCAUUUCCCAAUGUGAGAAUAAUUGUUCUAUAA